AUGGCUUAUCUUUGGUGUUUUACCGUUUCUGUAGUACUUAGCCAUUUGCUGUUCGUCAUGGCUGGUAGCCAAGCGAGUGAGGAGAACAGUUCGCCGAUCGUAAAUCUCACCGAUUUAGGAGCGUUGCGAGGCAUCACUGGCACUGGCGCUUGGACAGGGCGCAAGUUCUACCAGUUCUUGGGCGUACAUUACGCACAAUCCACGGGCGGUGCGAAUCGGUUCAAGCCUCCGAAAAGAGUGGCCCCAUGGCAGGGAGUGAAAGAUGCCACCCGCCACGGUAUGCCUUGUCCGCAGAUGAAGCUCAUUUCGCAAUUUACCGGGAAAGCGUUUGCGCCGGAUGUGGAAGAUUGUUUGACUUUGUCGAUCUACAGCUCAGAUCUGGUAGAUAGAAGACCCGUGAUGGUUUUCAUUCACGGCGGAGGAUUCCAUGAGGGCAGUGCCAAAAAUCAAACGGCCGAGUAUCUGAUGGUGCGCGAUGUUGUGCUUGUAACGGUUCAGUAUCGGCUCGGGCCGCUCGGGUUUCUUGCGACCAACUCGCAGGACAUUUCGGGAAAUAUGGGCCUCAUGGAUCUGACGCUUGCCCUGGAAUGGGUACAGGAGCACAUCGAGCGGUUCGGGGGCAAUCCGAACAAUGUUACGCUGUUCGGACAAUCGGCUGGUGCGGCCGCCAUUUCGGCGCUUAUGUACAGUCCCAAAGUUGCGGAUGGACUGUUCCACAAAGUGAUACUGCAGUCGGCCGGAUCCGCCUCGCCGUGGGUGUGGGACACAAACCCGGAGGACAGUGCGAGACAUAUCGCGUUCAAUGCCGGUUACGGCGACGACGAGGAGAUAGAACAGUUUCUUCAGAAGGUGGACGUUUGGGAGCUUCUGCGCGGUUUUAUAGAGGCGAAGCAGCAGAGAAGCUUUUCGCAAGGGUUAGAUCAUGUCGGUGGCAAUCGGCUUGUUACGGACGGGCGUAACGGAUUUUUACCACAGACUCCUUGGGAGUGUAUGAAGCAGGGCAAGAUAAGGAAGAACAUUCCAAUGAUGGCUGGCGUAACGAAGCACGAAGGCACGUUUCUGUUGACCUCCGUGUACGAUCAUUUCAAGCGCACCGGACAGCUGGAUGAUCCGAAUUUCGUGAAAUAUUAUCUGGUGGAUGAGGUGAACAAAUUUCUGGGGGCGCGCGAUCCUACCGGCGCACUCGGUGGGUACGAGAUGCGUUCGUUGUUCACCGGAAAGGAGCUAGAAAGUGGUGACUUUGGUGAGAUGGCGGAUGGAUUGAUUGAUUUGGCAGGAACCAUAUUGAUUAAAGCGCCAUUGUUACGUGAAGCGCAGGCAAACGCUAGAGUGAACCGGAACGGAACAUUCCUGUAUUCGUUCGAUUAUGUCGGCGAACAUACACGGUUUGGGUACGGUAGUGACACUUCGCACUAUCCGUUCGAUGGUGGUGUUCAUCAUUCAAACGAUAAGCUGUAUCUGUUCCCAUACCCACCGGGACAUCCGGACAAGUUGAACGAGAAGGACACUGCCAUGGCAAAGCUGAUGGUGGAUCUGUGGACUUCGUUUGCAGCGGACGGGAUUCCAAGAUCGGAACAGUUAACUGUUCAGUGGAAUUCAAUGCAACAUUACGCCGGACCGUACUUACACAUAAAUGAUCCGCAGAGCGUUGGAGACAAUUUUUACGAAGAGUUUACAGCAGCAAGUGAUGAGAAACGGCGACGCAUCAAGGAGGCGGCGUAG